UAGUAGCUUGUAUAUUCUAUACAAGGUAUACUUAUCAAACAAACAAACAAAAAAAUCUAAGGCAAAAUUUGCAUUGUUGAAAUUAAUGUUGUCUCUGAUGGAUUUUUACUUUGCCUUUUGAAUUCAUUGGGUUUUUCGUUGUUUGUAUCUAUGUUUGGUGGUGGGUGAAAAGAGUCGUGGCUGUCAAUGCAUAUUAAACAUGCAGGAUUUUGUUUUGUAACGUUUAAUUGUAAAUAUGUGCUUAUUUUGGGGAAUAUUCUGUUAUUUUAAAUAUUGAGACUAGAUUAGUAGGUUAUUACCCAAUUAGUUCUGGGUAUUGUUGAUUCUAGAUUUAGGCCUCUACUGCAUCUUUAUAUUCUUUAUCUUCUAUAAAUAUUUUGUAGGAUUGAUCUAGCUUAUUGGGUACACCAUAGGUGUUAACUGUGUCUAACUCCUUGCCCCAUGGAAAAUUCUAGUCCUUAAAUGCCAUCACUUUAGCAUCUUUUCAAGGGCCAGAAUUCGUUCCAAAUCAAUGUCACAAGUGGUGGUGAGAGUCUAUCCAGGAGUAUUUGGAACUUUGAAUGUGCUCGAAUGGGAACUUCUUAUCAAAAAAAGAUUUUCUUCUAUAUCGGGGUGGCCAUUGACCUCUGAGAAAACAGUUUGUCAAAUGUUCACAUAGCAAUGUUUUAUUUAAUAACAACUUGUGGCACGGUAUACAUAUCUCUUAUUCCCAAGGUGAUGGGGCCGACAUAAGAUUUUGAGUGUCUAGAACUCUUAAUGGUACUAAUAUUUCAAUAACUUUACUUGUCAGUGAGUCUUUGAUGAUUAUUUGAACCACAAACCCAUUUCUCCCAACAAAAUUUUUAAAAGAGAAAAAAGAAGAGGAACUCUUUAUAUGAAAAUUCUCUAUUAUAAAGAGCUCCCUUGUAUACUUAAUUUAGCUAGGGAAAGAAGGAAGUUUACCAGAAAUUUGAGGAAAGAAGUCAGAUCCAGAAGUUUCAGACUUUGGUUCUGCUCAAUCUUAUGGUCGGCAUUUGCAUAUGUUCGUUUACUCCUCCCAUCCUAACUGGUAAAGAGCGGUCACACAGUUAGAUUCGUGGUAACAGUCAUAUGGCCAGUCUGGAUGUAGGAAUUCUAUCUAGUUGACAUGCCCUCCUAUGUCUUCCUUUUCUUUUGUCUUUUAUUGUAGUUUCCGACCAUGAAAACUUGCCAGCACUUUCUUGCAGGAGCUUGUUGGUUGAAUUGAAAGAUGGAGCUAACCACCAUCAAGGAUACAUUUGACCGUGUUAAUAAGAAGCAAAAAUUAUCUUCUUCUAAAUCCCAAGAAGUUAUUGACCAAGUUGGCCGGGAAAUUGAACAAGCUUUAGAAAAGAUCCAGUCAGCUGAUGACCCCACCUCCCCUUUUGAUCAGAAGUCCAUCCUUACAGAUCUUGUACUCGAGCUCAAUGCAAUUGACCCACUCCACCAGUUAGAAGGACCACAGAAGGAACUAAACCUAAACCUUAGCAAGUACCAGAAGCUACUUGAAAGAUUCUUCAAUCCUGACAUAUCUAAGGCAUAUAGAAAUGUAGACUUUGACCUCCACAUUGUGAAUCAGAUUCUUGCGAGCCAUUUUUACCAGGAAGGCUUGUUUGAUCUUGGAGAUAGCAUAUUAAACGAGGCUGGAGAACCAGAGGCGACUGUAUUAAAAUCUCAAUUCUUGGAUAUGCAUCAGAUACUUGAGGCUGCAAGACUUCGCAACCUUGAGCCUGCACUGAAAUGGGCCUCUACCAACCGGGAGAAGCUCAAGCAGAAUGGUUCAAAGAUCGAGCUUAAACUUCAUCAGCUGCAGUUUUUGGAUGUUUUGCAGAAAGGAACCAGAGCUGAUGCAGUCACAUAUGCCAGAACUUACCUUGCUCCAUUUUAUUCCCUUCACAAGAAGGAGUUCCAGAAGCUUAUGUGUUGCCUUCUGUGGGCAGGAAGGAUUGGAAGCGCCCCGUAUCCUGAGAUCACAUCUCCAACCCAUUGGGAGAACUUGACUGAAGAGCUGACCAGGGAAUUUUGCAGCCUCUUAGGGCAUUCAUAUGGGAGUCCAUUGGGUGUGGCAAUAUCGGCUGGUAUUGAAGGGCUGCCUACUCUUCUAAAGCUGGUAAGUGUCAUGUCUGCAAAGAAGCAGGAGUGGCAGGCAAUGAAACAGCUGCCAGUGCCAGUUGAAUUGGGAAAAGAAUUUCAAUUUCAUUCAAUCUUCGUCUGUCCUGUGAGUAGGGAUCAAGGUAGUGAAGAGAAUCCGCCAAUGCUGAUGCCAUGUUCACAUGUUCUUUGUAAGCAAUCAAUCAUGAAGCUGUCAAAAAGUGGAACACGGUCGUUUAAAUGUCCGUAUUGCCCAGCAGAGAUUUCAGUUGGACAGUGGAGGCAACUGUAUUUCUGAAGUGAGUUUGCGAAAUCUCUCUCUCCCCCGCCCCCAAAAUAAAAGCAAAGGUCGUGCAGCGGCAAUGAUUUGGUAGAUUAUCCCCCGACUUGUGGGACUAAUUCCUCUUUUAAUUCUAGUUUUUCUGUUAUUCAUGAUUAGAAACAAUUCAAAAAGAAAAAAAAAAUUGGUGUGGUAGGUUACUGCAGACGCAAUGGCUGCAUUCAACCUGUGCUUUGGUAUUUUGUGUAUAGAUAUUCUUUCAAGAUUCUUUUUUUUUUUUUUGAAAGACCGGUUGGUAAAAUAAUAACUAGACUAGUUGUUUGUA